AUGAACCAGGAGGGACUCGUGAACCGCACGUCUUCGACCGUGUUGAGGUCAGCGUCGGUGUGCAGGGAGCAGGAAGAGCCGCAAACCCCGUCACCGGUCGUUGGAGGCGGCGUCCCAGCCACCCGAAGCCAGCGGGCGGCUGCCGUCUCGCGCAACAUGUACAUGAUGUUGGGCCCGACCAGGCGCUGCAUCCUGGCCACCGCCCUCGUGAUUGGGGGCCUCUGUGCGGCCGGCCUGGUCGUGUUCAUCACGCAGCGGGCCAUCUACGCCCGCAUCGAAGAGCACCAGCGCGUGCGGCAGUAUCUGCGUGAUGUUCUGGGAGAGACCGGGCCGGAGCGAUACCCGGGCUCCCCGUUUCCGCAGCAGGAGUUCAUAUUCGCCUGCCAGACCGAGCACUGCACCAAGGAGGGCAAACACCUGCGCCGAAACGUCGCCUGGAGCCUCGACCCCUGCAGGGACUUCCACGAGUACGCGUGCAGCGGCGAAGCGAGACGGCCCUCGCUCAGGGAGGACGCGCUCAACCACUUCCUGAUCGAGGUGCGCUCCGUCCUCGGCAAGUGGGGAGAGUUCCGCUGGACAAGGACGCCGCCCAUGCAUUCAAAGAACAGCAGUAUAGUAGUCACUAAGCGGAAGAUCGUGGAUAAGUGGAGGCGGAAGCGUUGGAUCUGCAUAUGCAGCUUUCUCGUUUUUUUUUUUUUUCUUUCUUUUUGCGUGUGUGUCUGCGCCACCAAAACGUGGCGAAAGAAUAAACGAACGUACGAGCACAGCAUAACUGAUUUUAGCUCGUGGUCGAUGUUCUCGCGCCGUGAGGAACAUCGACCGCUCAACCCGGUAUACACCUCCACUAUUCGCCCCCCGCAGGCCUACCGCUUCUUCCGCUCCUGUCACGGCACCAAGCACGACCAAGAGACUAUCGAGCACGACCUGGCGCAGUACCUUCGCGACGUCGACAGGGCCCACCGGUUGCCGGAGGCCUGGGCGGCCGAGGUGUCCCGCACGCUGCAGCUGUUCCCGGUGUUCGAAAUGGGCGUCGCCGAAGUGUCGAGCACCUCCUGCAUCGUGCUCAAGGAGCCCGACCAGCUCGACGGGGACGCGGUGCUGGGCAUGCCCACCAUCGUCUCGCGGAAGCACCGCCAACUGGUCAGAAAGAUGAUGAAGGCCGACGCCAAGUUCGUGGACAGCGCCCUGCAGUUCGCCUGGUCGCUGCGGGCCUUCGGCGGUCCCCCGGACGACGCCCUCGCUCCUCUCAGCAACAUCUCGCGCACAACGGUCAGCGCUUUGGCGGCCAAGUUGAACGGAGAGUGGCGCUGGGAGCGUUUUUUGGAGGCCUUCUUCCUCGGACAUCUGGACGUGGACGGCCACACGUGCGUCAUUGUGAGGGCCCCGUCGUACAUGAGUCACGUGGCAGAGGUGACGAAGGAGGCGAAGGCCGAGACGGUGCGGGCCUACUUCAGCUACUCGCUGCACCUGCACCUGUGGCCGUUCUGGGCGCUCCUCGACGGCGACAAGGAGCAGCACGAGCAGGCAUGCGCGUUGCUCACGUACCGCCUGUUCAACUUCGCCUUCCUCAAACACUUCAACGACACGGCGCGCAUGGGCGUUGUCGCCAAGGCUGGCUUGAAGGAGGCCGUCGUGAGAAACUCGUACCGGAUAGCUAUGCUCCAGUCUGGGGACAUACCUAGCGACGUGAGGGAACGGGUGCUGGACAGCAUCGCCGACUCGGACAAGUCCUACUUCAACCACAUGGAUGACGUCGACGCCUACUACGAACCGACGCAGACUGUGGUCGUGGACUGGCGACACAUCCUGCCGGCCUACCUGCAAAUACGACACAGUCUGGUCCCCCACUGGCUGAAGCGCGUGGUCGGGUCAGGAGGUCGUGUGUUCGACACCAACCUGGACCUGGCGUGUCACUUCGACCCGGACACGAAGACCCUGGGCAUACCCAUGUCCAUCACCGACGUGGACGUGGGCGGACGCGAAUUCUUCCUGGACAUUCCCACCGUAGGACUGCUCAUGGCUCGCUCGAUCUACAGGAUAUUCCAGGAGCAUGCCAUGUGGUCCACCGACCUGCGACCACUGCGCGUGUGCCUUGAGAGCGCGUACGGCAACCUUAGCGCGGCCGAUGGGCGGAGCCGGCGGAGCGUCGACGGGUUCCGCUGCCUACGCACAAGCGUCAUGGACCACGUGGUGCUCAAGGCCGUGCACAAAUCCUACAAGACGGCCGUGGUGACGUUCUCGCCACAGAGCGAACGCGGCCACCGGUUACGGGACGUGUCCCUGCACUUCCCAGAAAUCCCCCACGUCAGCUCGGAGCAGCUCUUCUUCCUGCUGUACGCGCAGUCCUUCUGCGAGCUGCACGAAGACGUCGCCGACGUGGUCCAGAGGGCGUCGUGGGCGCCGGCCAAGGUCCGGCUCAACCGGCAACUGGCCGACUUCGGGCCGUUCGCCGACGCAUUCCGCUGCGCCCGCGGGACACCCAUGCACCCCACCCAGAGAUGCCCCGCGUGACCCCCAUCCUGGCGGUGUUUUUCUUCCUCUUUUUUGCCUUUCUUUUUUUUUCGUAACCGUUUUCUUUUUCUGGGACUUUUGUUAAGGGCCAAUGACAGUAAGGGCCCGCAUUAAAAGCGAGUCGCUGUAGCGCCAAGCCUUCGGCAUGCGCCUGGAGCACCUCGUUGCAGUCUUAUCACUGAGGAAUCG